AUGGAAGCUGUAGCUUUAGCUCCUUCCUUUGCUGCGGCGAUAACUGUGAUAAAGAGUGGAGGAAGAGCGCCGAUUCCUGGUGUACGCCGAUGUUCAUGCGGAAUGGUUUUGACUGCCCUGUCGCAGUUGGCACAUGGCUCUGGCUCCGUGAUAGAUCCUUUUUAUCCGGGACGUAAUUCUGCAACCAUGCGCUUUCGUAGGACCGUUAUAUGA